UUGCUGCUUUACAUUCAAAAUUGUAUGGAAACGAUGCAUCGCCUCUUCGUGAUUGCUGCUACGCUUCUGCCAGUCAUAUUCGCACAAGAGCAUGCCGAAGUAGAUAUUCGAGUGUCAGGAGCUUGUUCACCUAUUUAUCUUACAAGAAAGGGAAUCGAUGUAUCCAAGUAUCGUCCAUCCAUACGCUUCAAUCCUGACAAAAUCCAGUUGAUACCGAAGAAUCCAUUGAUUCCGGGAUGUAUAAAGAUCAAAGCUGAAGGUGUCAUGAUUGAGAGACCGAUCAAGAAUCUCGUAGCUGAGAUUGAAAUGCGAAUCGGUGGAACUCCAGAUCCAAACAAUCCAACCUUACCUUGCAAUAAGAAAAUCGAUGAUAAGGUUAAUCAAUGCCCAUGUGCAAAACUAGAAGGAACUUGUGUUUUCUGUGAUUUCUGUAAACAACUCAAGUCUCAGACAGCCAGAAUUUCCGCAACGAAAUCCCGAGUACCCGGUCAUCACAAGUCCAUCGACGAUGAUUGCAAAUGUGACGAGAUGCAGCCUGGUCCAUAUGACAUUGAGACUGAGAUGUGCACUCCAGAAAUAGACGACAUUAAAGAUUACAUUCCACCCGAAAUUCAAGCUAACAUUUUAGACAAAAAGCCGAUCUCAAUGUUCAUUACUGUGUAUCUCAUGGAUAUGGAACCACGAUCUUCUAAAGAAUCUUAUCUCUCUGCAUUCGGAAGGGCUAUUCUUCAACGAAGGAUGGCUCAAAGCACUGUUGCUUGUUUCUUGCUUGGAAUUGACGUCAAACUCAAUCUUCCCCAGUUCAAUUAG